AGCCUACAUGGUGCCCGUGGAUUACUGUACAGCUUAACGUCCUAUUGAAACAUAACGAGCUCGUUAUCAUUUCAAAACGCCUACAAAUAUGUUUCCGUUCCUCUGCUGUCGAGCAAGCAUCUCUGCUCCGGUGCGGUCAUUGUCGUUACACCCGCGAUGCAAUAAAACAGCAGACAUUUGGAAACUUUCACGGUGGUAUACAUCUCCACGGUCUCCAGCAUACAGCUCCACACAGCAGCCUGGAAAUGCCGUCAGCCGUAUUUGGAGCUUCACUCAGAGAGCUGUCCGCCGACCCGCCACCCGAACAUCCAAACCCCCGGGAGUGGCCCUAAAGUUCAUCCUGGGCCCAGCGGUGCUCACUGUCUCUGCACGACUGUUCUGCCCCGUCGCUCACUGCGAGGCAGAUGUGAAUAACAACAUCCCGCUGGGAGUCACAGCCAAAAACCCAGAGCCUUCUUUCAAGUGGCACAUCCUGUGGGAAUUUGUCAAACCUCAGCUUUAUGCUCUCAUGGGCGCUGUCGUGCUUGCUUUUGGUGCGGCUCUCUUGAAUAUUCAAAUCCCCUUGAUGCUUGGGGAUCUGGUGAAUGUUGUGGCACGUUACUUAAGAGAACAGACCGGGAGUUAUGUCCACGAGAUAAGAGGCCCAGCGCUGAAACUACUUGGACUGUAUGGUAUCCAAGGCCUGCUGACGAGUGGCUACAUCAUCCUGCUUUCAAAGGUGGGGGAGAGAGUGGCAGCCGACAUGAGGAAGACUCUUUUCGCAUCCUUACUGAGGCAAGAUGUGGCUUUCUUUGAUUCCAAUAAAACGGGUCACCUUGUGAAUCGUUUGACUGCUGACAUUCAGGAGUUCAAGUCGUCCUUUAAAUUGGUCAUCUCUCAGGGUCUGCGGAGUAUUACUCAGACGAUUGGAUGUUUGGUCUCUCUGUAUGUCAUCUCCCCCAAACUCACCGGUUUGAUGGUCGUCGUCCUCCCCUGUCUCGUGGGAGCCGGGGCUCUCAUCGGCUCAUUCCUUCGCAAACUGUCCCGUUUGGCUCAAGAACAGGUGUCAAAAGCAACGGGAGUGGCAGACGAGGCGCUUGGCAACGUGCGGACAGUGAAAGCUUUUGCGAUGGAGGAGCGGGAGCUCCAGUUAUAUGCAUAUGAAGUUGACAAAUCAUGUGACAUGAAUGAAAAUCUUGGUUCUGGAAUUGCAGUUUUCCAGGGACUGUCAAACGUUGCCCUAAAUUGCAUUGUCCUUGGAACCAUUUUUGCUGGAGGGACUUUAAUUUAUAACAAUGAAAUGUCCCCCGGAGAUCUCAUGUCUUUCCUGGUUGCCUCCCAGACUGUUCAGAGGUCAUUGGCCAGCAUCUCUGUCCUUUUUGGACAGAUGGUGAGAGGAUUAAGCUCCGGGGCCCGGGUCUUUGAAUACCUUUCUCUGGUGCCUACUAUUCCCAUGUCAGGCGGAGAACGCAUCCCGUACAGUUCUCUGACAGGAAGAGUGGAUUUCAUGGACAUUUCAUUCAGCUAUCCAACAAGGCCUGGCCAUCAGAUCUUGAAGAAGUUCAACUUAACGCUGCCAACUUGUAAAACUGUUGCCAUCGUUGGAGAAUCUGGAGGAGGAAAGUCCACCGUGGCAUCCUUGCUGGAGCGCUUCUACGACCCGACCGGCGGUGCCGUCUUGCUGGACGGAGUGGACAUUCGAACCCUUGAUCUGUCCUGGCUCAGGGGACAAGUCAUCGGAUAUAUCAAUCAGGAGCCCGUGUUGUUCGGCUCAUCCAUCACGGACAACAUCCGCUUUGGGAAACCCGAGGCCACAGAUGCCGAGGUCAUUAACGCAGCCAAGCAAGCCAACGCUCACGGCUUCAUUACUGGUUUCCCAGAUGGCUACAACACCGUGGUUGGUAUGUGCUCUCUUUUUAAGGCAUUUACACAUCUUAACAUUCGUGGGCCGUGUGAAAAUACUAAGCUCCGGAAAUGCCUGAACCCAGGUGAGCGAGGCGCGACGUUAUCAGGGGGCCAGAAACAGCGCAUCGCUAUCGCCCGCGCCUUAGUCAAGAACCCCCGCAUCCUGGUGCUGGACGAGGCCACCAGCGCCCUGGACGCAGAAUCGGAGCGAGUGGUCCAGGAGGCUCUGGAGAGGGCGACAAGCGGGCGCACGGUGCUUAUCAUCGCCCACCGGCUGAGCACCAUUCAAGGGGCUGACCUCAUCUGUGUCAUGAGCAAUGGCCGCAUUGUGGAGGCGGGGACUCACUUGGAACUGCUGAGCAAAGGAGGAAUUUACUCUGAUCUGAUUCGCAGGCAAAGAGCCGAGGGGAAGAAAUGAACACACCAAAAUUGUUGACUGUAGAUCUACACUGAGUAAUGGGAUUUUCAUUUUUAAUGAAAUUCAUAGGAAAGGCUUGCUUGAAGAGAUAAGUUAUGUGAAACAUGUAAUUUAAAACUUUUAAAUCUAAGUAUGUAAAAGUGGACCAACUGGAUCAUACUGUGAUGAUUUACAAACUACACCACUGUACAGUAUCUACACUUAAAUGGGAUUUCCAUAACGUGGUUUUCUCUUGUCAUGUAUAGAAGGAUUAAUUAUAUUGUGUUAGAAAAAUAUAUAAACUCAGCAGGUCAGAACAUGUCAAACCAAAUACUGAAACUAAAUAAUAAGUGGUAUAUGCUGUGUGGAUAGUGUUAUUUAUUAUGACAGCAUUUACAGCCACCUUGAUACAACCACAGGGUUUGAUGCUCAGAAUAUUUUGAGCGUAGUAUGACUUUAAUGUCCUUUUUUUCUGUGAGGCAUUAUUUUGCACAUCCCUUGUGUGUCUGAACAUUGUGUGUAGCCAUCACUAUUCAUAAUUUGCAGAAUGAACUCACUCAUUAAACGAAACAAGUGAAAAGCUAA